GCGUCGGGCCGGCAUUUUCCGCUUGCUACUUCUCUGAUCCACACGUGGGCCGCUGUCGGUGUUCUGGCCAGAAAUUCAUUCCUAUUGGCGUGGACCAGCCAUAUUGAAGGACAGAGUGGCAACGGAGGUCAAGGAUCUUGAGCUGAUGGAUUUUGCUGCUGAAAAUGAAGAGACGUCGGGAGGAGGUCUCCAGAGUGGAGCUGAAGGGGCGCGGCUAAGUCUAGAGUCAGGUGGAGAGAGAGUCAGGGGCACAGUAGGGACCGAGGAGGCCGGCGGUGGAGAGGCGAGGAAUGGGCUGACCGGAAUGGGGAAGACAGGGGAAGAAGGAAAUGGACCAAGGGCAGAGGAGAUGCGAGUGGACCUAGCAGUUGUGAAGCAAGAAGUAAUGGACUGGUCAGAAAUGGAAGAAGGUAUGCGGAAUGACCAGUGGGUAAAGCAGGAGGUGGAGGAUGGGCCGGAGGUGAAAGAGGAAAAACCAGGCACGUUGGAGGUGAAGCAGGAGAUGGAUAGUAGUUUGAUGGUAAAAGAAGAGAAGGUGGAAGAACCAGAGCUAAAGGAAGAGAAAGUGAAGGUGAAGGAAGAAGUGAUGAACUGGCUAGAAGAGAAGGAAGAGAAGAAAGAUAGCUUGGAGAUUAAACGGGAGAUGUUUCUUGAUCAGAACGUAAAAAAGGAGGAAAUAAUGGAUGAAGUGUGUGUAAAAGAAGAGAAGUAUUUCCCUAAAGAAGAAGUGAUGGAUGAUACAAAGGUGAAAGAAGAGCCUCAGAUAAAUCCCCCAGUGGGCUCCAAGCGGAAACUGGCCAUGUCAAGAUGUGAAACUUGUGGUACAGAAGAAGCAAGGUACAGAUGUCCACGUUGUAUGCGCUAUUCCUGCAGUUUGCCCUGUGUAAAGAAACACAAAACAGAACUGACAUGUAAUGGAGUUCGAGAUAAAACUGCAUAUGUUUCAAUACAACAGUUUACUGAAAUGAAUCUCCUAAGUGAUUAUCGAUUUUUGGAAGAUGUGGCAAGAACAGCAGACCAUAUUUCUAGAGAUGCUUUCUUGAAAAGACCAAUGAGCAAUAAACAUAUGUACUUUAUGAAAAAUCGUGCUCGAAAGCAAGGUAUUAACUUAAAACUUCUACCCAAUGGAUUCACCAAAAGGAAAGAAAAUUCAACAUUUUUUGAUAAGAAAAAACAACAGUUUUGUUGGCAUGUGAAGCUCCAGUUUCCUCAGAGUCAAGCUGUGUAUGUAGAAAAAAGAGUACCAGAUGAUAAAACUAUUAAUGAAAUCCUAAGACCUUACAUUGAUCCUGAAAAGUCUGAUCCUGUAAUUCGUCAAAGGUUGAAAGCCUACAUUCACUCUCAGACUGGGGUCCGAAUUUUAAUGAAGGUAGAAAAUAUGCAGCAAAAUUUAGUAAGAUAUUAUGAAAUGGAUCCUGACAAAAGUCUCCUUGACAAUUUGAGGAACAAAGUGAUCAUUGAGUAUCCAACAUUACAUGUGGUAUUAAAAGAAUACAGUAACGACAUGGAAGUUCUUCAAGUGAAAAGUGAAUCUACUAAGAACAUUGGCAAUUAAAAUUGAGCACUUCUUUUGGAGGAAGAACAUGAAAAUUCCCAGACAAUUGCAGAGGACCUUGUUGGAAGAUUUGGGGGUAUUGUCGCUUGGUGGUUGGAGUUUUUUGUUUCUCUGAAAAGUAAUUAAACAGUCUUGAAAAAAAUUUUUUUAAUGUAUUUUCUAGCCUCUUGAAUUGACUCGUAAGGCACAGGCUUUAAUAUGCUUCGUUCUGUAGGCCGCAAAUUUUUUUAUUUGUUAGUUUGAUGCAAGACCAAACCCAAGGAUCACCUGUGUCAGCCACAAAGUUGGCGUUCUCUUUAGUGGAACCUCACUAAACAGAAAGGCCAUGUGGCAGACCAUCUAGCCACAGGAGGACUGGUCCAUCAUUUGCCUAUUCUUGUCUUUGGGAUUUAUAUGUAACUUAACCUCUUGAGACAACUGGAUGAGUCUUUUAUACUUGGGUAGCACCCAGUAUGAUGUCCUUUGUAAAUGGUUGUCUAAAUACUCUGAACUGCUAUUUCUUAUAUUCAUUUCAGAAAAUCAGUGGCUCCACAUUGUUUGAACCGUCGGUGCUCAUGAAUUUGUCUUUACUUGUUCACACAGUGAGCUGUGUCUUACUAUGAAUUCUGUGCCUUUCGUCCCAUUCCCACUCUACUCUUGUCAUUACCACACAGGGUGUUGUGAUGAGCAGUUUUAUGCUGUGUUUUGAAACAUCUAGCAAUAACUGAAGAAAAAACACUUGGAACUCUUCAAAGUGUUAUUGGAAUGUA